AUGGGAGACGACAGCGAUUCUUCAGAGGAUCAUCAUGUUCGUGAUUUCCUCUACAAGAGGGUUUGGGAGAACUUCUGUAUCAAUAAUGACCACUUUGUUUUCGGCUUCCCAGACACUGAUGUCGACCUUUCCGCCUUGCAUCCAGAAUCUGCCGAUAUGCUCAAACUCUGGCAGAUAUAUUUGGAUAAUGUCGACCCGCUGCUCAAGGUUACUCAUGCUCGUAGUUUACAAAGGCAGGUCAUCGAUGCUGCAAGCAACAGAAGGAAACUUAAGCCCGCAUUUGAAGCUCUCUUAUACAGUAUUUAUUGUGCGGCUCUCAAAAGUCUCGCUCCAGAAGAUGAUAUUGAACCCAUUUUUGGGGCUUCGAAAUCGGAUCUUCUGGCAAGAUUCCAAUGGGGCUGCCAAAGAGCCCUUGUAAAGUGUGGGUUUUUGCAAUCUAAAGAUCGUGACUGUCUAACUGCGUUAUUCUUAUACUUAGUCUCGAUUGAUGACAAAAUAGGCCCCUGGUCUACCUCGUCCGUGCUUGGUAUUGCAAUUCGCAUUGCCCAACGUAUGGCAAUUCAUAAUGAGUCAGCAUUAGUGAAAUGCACGGUCUAUGAAGCCGAGCUUCGUCGCAGACUAUGGUGGGCAUUAGCUCUUUUUGAUGCUCGUAUCAGCGAGAUCUCUGGCCACAAGUGUACAACUUUGGAACCAAGUUGGGACUGCAGAAUACCUCUCUGCUUGAAUGAUUCUGACUUUGGGCCUGAGAUGAAGGAGAUGCCAAUUAUCCAGAAACCCGUCGCUGAAACGCUGUUCAUUGUCAUCCGAAGUGAGCUCGGGGAUUUUGUUCGCCGCGCAAAGUUUCAUCUUGAGUAUACUAAUCCGGCUCUCAAGCCUAUCAGCGAUGCACAUCACGAGACUGCCCCUGAAAGCACUAAAUUGGAUGCCCUGGAGAAGGCAAUCGGAGGCAAAUACCUCGACUCUCUUGAUCCGGAAGUUGCAGUUCAUUCUUUCACAAUCUGCUUCACGCGGUUAAUGUUUGCUAGACUGCGUCUUCUGCAGCUUCAUUCAACUUUGUCCUCUCGGACAGAGGCUCAAGAGGAGGUUCUCGUUUCUCACUCUCUACAAAUGCUUGAAAACGACACAAAAAUCGUAACCUCGCCUCUUAUACGUGGCUUCGCUUGGCUGACUAAUUUAUACUUCCCAUACAUCGCAUACGCGCAACUUCUUCUUUACCUGAGAAAACGACCUACUGGGAAGCAAGCCGAGCAAGCUUGGGAAAUCAUGAGUGCCAACAUUGAGGCUCAUAUGCACACACAAAUUGCCCCUUUCGUAGAGACGUUCACCAAGAUGGUCCUGUUUGCUUGGAAGGCUCGUGAAGCAGCUCUGCAAGUGCCGCCAGUACCACCAAAAAUCAUAUCCAUCAUAAGACAGAAAGACACAGAACAAUACCACAAUGACGCAGAUUCUAAAAACUGCGGUCAGAAAACCGAGAAUGCAUCUUUUAACGUUGCAGUCAAUGAAUCUGAUGGACACAGCCUAGCGAACGAACAAGAGAGACCAAAUGAUUAUACGAACUCGGAAUCAUACUUUCUCAACAUAUGUGAACAGUCGCAAUUGGACUUCAAUAAUUUGAGGGAGUUUGAUUGGGCUAACUGGGAUUGGGGGAAUAAUGCAGAGAUGGGAACUGAUGAGUUCGCAAGCUUUUAA